UUUUGGUCUACCCCACCAAUGCCUCCAUCCUCCACUUCCUCUCUCUCGUUCUUCAAGGACACCCCAGGGUCCACUUCCCACUUAUAAAGCAAUAAAACCGCCAUCAUCCUCACUUCUGUCCCUCUCUCUUUCUUCGCAUCUUCCUUCUUCUUCUUCUUCUUCUUCUUCUUCUGAGCAACUCUCAGAAACCCGCCUUGUUCUUCUUUUACAUUUGACCCGUGCUGACUGCGGAAGAGGAAUAAGUCCCAGUUUUUUUUGGGAUCUUCUGAAUUUUGGAUUCCUCUCUUGGAUACAUCCUUUUGAUGAUUUGUUUGAAGAGAUAUUCUGGAAAAUCGGUCUGAAAUGUGUAAAGCUUUUCAAAGUUGAGGUAUUGUUGAAUUUGAUCUUUGUAUAAAAGAAGUGCAAAAACGCUGAUCUGCAAGCUUUACAGGGAAAGAUGAUGAUGUAUGAAGAGAUGGGGUUCUGUGGUGAUUUGGAUGUGUUGCAUGCUCCCCAUGGGGAAGGAGAUGUUGUUGCCCGGCAGGCUGAACCAGAGGUGGCUGUUGAAGAUGAUUACAGUGAUGAAGAAACCGAUGAGGACGAGCUCGAGAGGAGGAUGUGGAGGUACAAGAUGCGCCUGAAACGGUUGAAGGAACAAGGCAAAUCCAGGGAAGGAAUAGAUGCAGUGAAGCAAAGGCAAUCCCAAGAACAGGCAAGGAGGAAAAAGAUGUCAAGGGCACAAGAUGGAAUCUUGAAGUACAUGCUGAAGAUGAUGGAGGUUUGCAAGGCACAAGGCUUUGUUUAUGGGAUAAUUCCAGAGAAGGGAAAGCCUGUGACUGGGGCAUCUGACAAUCUUCGUGAAUGGUGGAAGGAUAAAGUCAGAUUUGAUAGGAAUGGGCCGGCUGCCAUAGCCAAAUAUCAAGCAGAUAACGCAGUCCCAGGCAGGAACGAUGGAUGCAGUUCUCUUGGUCCAACUCCACACACCCUGCAAGAACUUCAGGACACAACCCUGGGUUCUCUCUUGUCUGCACUGAUGCAGCACUGCGAUCCACCUCAGAGACGAUUUCCAUUAGAGAAAGGAGUUCCUCCACCAUGGUGGCCCACUGGGAAUGAAGAUUGGUGGCCCCAAAUCGGUUUACCUAAAGAUCAAGGCCCUCCACCAUACAAGAAACCACAUGACCUGAAGAAGGCAUGGAAAGUAGGUGUUUUAACUGCUGUUAUAAAGCAUAUGUCUCCAGAUAUUGCUAAGAUUCGCAAGCUAGUGAGGCAGUCGAAAUGCCUUCAAGAUAAAAUGACAGCCAAGGAAAGUGCCACCUGGCUUGCCAUCAUCAACCAGGAGGAGGCUUUGGCAAGAGAACUAUACCCUGACUAUUGUCCCCCAUUAUCCUCAGCUGGAGGUAGUGGAUCUUUGGUCAUCAAUGAUUGCAGUGAGUAUGAUGUUGAAGCGGCUGAGGAUGAGCCAAACUUUGAUGUGGAGGAACAGAAACCUGAUAAUCUUAACCAAUCCAAUAUUGGGCUGGAUAGAAUGAGGGGUAGACUUCCAACUCAGCAACCUUUUCCAAUCAAGGGAGAGAUUGUGACAAAUUUGGAUUUCAUUCGGAAGAGGAAGGUUCCCAAUGACUUUGGCUUGAUGAUGAACCAGAAAAUCUACACCUGUGAGCACCCACAAUGCCCUUACAAUGAUGUUCGCCUUGCUUUUGCUGAUAGGACAUCCCGGGACAAUCAUCAAUUGAAUUGCCCAUAUAGAGGCAGUUCCUCAGAUUUUGGUGGGUCAAGUUUUCAUGUUAAUGAGGUCAAGCCAGUUAUCUUCCCUCAAUCCUUUGUUCAACCCAAACCUGCUGCUCAGUCUGUUAAUUUUGCUGCACCUUCACUAAAUCUAUCAGGGCUUGGAGUUCCUGAAGAUGGCCAGAAAAUGAUUAGUGACCUUAUGUCAGUCUAUGAUACGAAUGUUCAAGGAAGCAACAAGAGCACAAGUUCCAGUAACCGUGUCACCGUGGAAAAUCAGAAUCUUUCCCCGUCCAACAUUCAACAACAACACAACAAUUUCUUCUCUGGUCAAGGAGUUGUUAUGGAGGGAAGCUUCUUUGAAGACUCAAACAUGUCCAGUAAUCAGAUAUUUGCUCGUGAAGAAGGUCAUUUUGACCGGUUCAAGGCUCUGAACUCACCGUUUGAGGCCAACAAUCAUAUCAACAACAACAGCAAUAACAACAACUUCAAUUUAAUGUUUGGGUCCCCUUGUGAUUUGGCAUCCUUUGAUUUUAAGGAUGAUAUACAAGCAGGAGUAGGAGGAAUGGAAUCUCUUCAGAAACAGCCAGAUUUAUCUUCAAUAUGGUAUCACCAGUGAAGUGACUUUUUUUUCAAAGAACUCAUGUAUCAUGGGACUCUCUAUUUUUCCUUCAAAUCAUGUGAAGCUCCCGUGGCUAAGAAAAAAGUUCACUGCAUUUUUCUCACGUGUAAUCCAUGUAGGUUUUGGCCCCAAAAAAGGAAAAACAGUCCUUGUAGGUUAGAUAUUAUUAUUGUUCUAUGCUUGGCAGGUCUGGUAUUAUAUGGGGUUAAUAAACAAUGGAAUCUCCCAUUAUGUAGCCCUGUAUUUUGUGUGUUUCAUUAUUAGUGUAGCCAUGUUGUCAUAAUAUUUUAUGUAUGAAUGUGAUAUAAAUAAGUUGAGUCUCUUUUCUAAA